UAUAAAACAAAAAAAGGAGAGAGAGAGAAGGAGAAGAAAGAGGGAGAGAGAGAGAGAGAGAGAGAGGGGGGAACAAUUGAAAGCUAAAGAUCUUUCAUGUCUGACAAUUGCUUCGAAACAAGAUCUUUGAAAACUAUUGAAAUCGGUUUUCUCACUGGAGAUAGUCACCGGAGCUUAUUUUCCGGCGAUUAAUGGUACAUGUCAGGGGAGUGACUGAUGACUGAUGCGAUUAGUCUUGUUUCUAUAACAACUAAUUUAUUAUCAUCAAAUCGAGUUAAUUUACAGAGAUGGAUAGAAGCAGAGAAGCGAGGAGAGUCACCAUGGCCGCUGCCGCCACCACAAAUGGCCUUUCACGGCGGCGGCAUAGAAGUAGCUCUCUUAGAGACUCUCCAGAGGAUUAUGGGCCGGUGGAGUUACAGGAAACGGCGCGUUUAAGGGAUCGAAAGAAGGAUCGAGAUCGUGAAAAGGAACGGGAACGGGAACGGGAACGAGAUAGAGAGCGGGAUAGAGAACGAGAUAGAGAAAGAGAUCGCUUGAGUAGAACGAGUAAGAGAAGAAGAGGCGAUAUAUUGAUAAGUAACAGAGAAGAUGGAGGCGAUGAUACUUCUGAAGAAAGCGUAAACGAUGACGAAGAUGAUUAUGACGAAGAUGGCGGCGGAACCGGCGGUGGAGGUUCUCUUCGGAUACUUCCGCCGAACACCACUGCCGGGUCUUUGUCGAUAUCAAAUCAUCAUUAUCACCAUCACCAACAUCAUCAACAGCAGCAGCAUCAGCAUCAGCAUCAACAUCGGAAGAGCUUUCCACCGUCAGUGAAAGUUAUUAGAACAACAUCACCGGCGGGGACGACUGUGAGUACCACCAUGACUACCUCAUCUAAAUGGAAGGCUGCCGAUGAGAUGAUUGGCGUGUCGGUGCCUAGAAAAGCUCGGUCAGCUUCUACUAAAAGGUCUCAUGAAUGGGCUUCAAGUGCCGGUGGCGCUGGUGUUAUAGGCGCAGAGAAAAUUCACCAUCAAGCUUCAACUUCGCCGGUGAGGACAGUUGUAACUGGGACGCUAUCAUCACCGUCUCGGGCUUCAGCCUCCCCAUCUUCUUCCAAUCCUUCUAUGAGGAAGAAGAUGAAGCUUAACGGACCAAAACAAAGGCCACCGAAGUCGUCAAAAUAUUCGUCUUCAGUACAGGAGGAGAUUGAGAUCGAGAUUGCGGAGGUUUUAUAUGGUUUGAUGAGACAGCCACAAGUCGCAUCUAAACAAGAUAUAAUUGGGAAUGAUUUGGACAAGUUUGAUUCAACAGAAGUUAAUAAACCCAAUAAUGAUGCUAAAUCAAGUGUCUCGUCACCGAUCUUAAACUCCCCAUCAACUCUUCCUCCAUCAUCUUGUAUUUUGCCUUCAAAUUCUAACUCCUCUGCUACUCCUAUGUCUGCAAUUGCUCCAAAGAGGAAAAGACCGAGACCGGUGAAGUAUGAGGAUGAGGUGACGACAGCGCCACCUCCUUCUGUUUUCACUGUUAGGAACGGUUCCAUUUCAUCUACUACAACUAAGGUUGAAAUUGAGCAACCAGCUAAAAUUGAAGCUACUUCUCCCAAUUUGGAGAAGAAUUCAGGAUCCGUGGUUGAAAAUGGUGGGAAUUCUUAUGAUUUGAUGAAUUCUUCACAAGCCGCAACAGCUUCACCGGAGCUGGUUCAGGCUGAACCAAUGAAGGAAGAGAAAAACAAUUUGGUACCUGAUUCAAAGCCUUUGACCAUAGCAUCUGAGAGUAGAGAUAUCGGUAUCAGUACAAAAGAAGACUCUCAAUUGGCAAAGAAGGAAUCUUCACCUUCUUCUAUUAUUAAUCCUUCUUCGGCCGGUGUCCGAUUGAAUGAUGAGCAUGAGAAUUUGACAGUAACAAAAACGAAUUCAACGGUUUGUGAGAUUGAGGGCCAGCGGGAAGAGAAGUUCCAGAUAGAUCUGAUGGCUCCUCCGUCUAGAUCAUCUGCAGAAAGGGAUGCUGAUGGUGAUUUUGGGGCUUCAGAUCCUAAACCAAUGGCCAUAGAUAUGGAAUUGGAGAUGAACUCUAUGGUAAAGGAAGAUGAUAAAAGAGUGAAAAUCGAAAAGGAAGAUGUGAAUGUGGAUGCUGAGGAUAGUAAUAAGAAGGCCAAACCGAUUGCUGAAGAAACUGAAUCACAUAAACCAUUUGUAAAGAAAGAAAGGAAUAUUGAUCUACUGCUUGAUUUGGAGAAAUCUGAUAGAGAUAGUGGCACAGGUAGUAUUGGUGCGAACAAGCUCAACCACCAUGUUCAAAAGCUGCAGCAUCAACAGCCCAGUAUGGAGAAAACUGCACACUCUGGUUCUUUACCUUUGCCGAUGUCAAUGGCUAACUGGCCUAGUGGACUUCCUCCAAUGGGAUACAUGGCUCCUCUACAAGGUGUUGUAUCCAUGGAUGGGAGCCCUAUAUCUUCAGCAGCUAUUCAGCCUCCACAUUUGCUUUUUACUCAACCAAGACCACCAAGAUGUGCAACCCAUAGCUACAUUGCUCGGAAUAUACACUAUUUCCAGCAAUUUAUGAAGAUGAAUCCUUUCUGGCCAGCAGCACCUGGUUCAGCAUCAAUCUAUGGGCCGAAGGUUUGCAAUCUAAAUGUAGUGCCCACUUCGGAAUUGCAUGGGAACAUUUCUGUGAGAGGUGUGAAUUCUGUACAAGAGAAGGGGCAGGGUCUUGCAAUUUUUCCUGGUCAUGUUGGCAAAGGUAAAGGUUCUCAGGCGGCUGCAAACAUGGUGGACGCUGCACAGAGGAAGCAAAUACUGCUCCAGCAAGCUUUACCUUCAGGGGCAUCCGGUAAUAUCCUGCAUGGUCCAGCUCUUAUUUUCCCAUUGAGCCAGCAGCAGAGCCCUGCUGCUGCUGCAUCUGUCCAACCUGGGUCUGGGAAAUCUCCUGCUGCUGGCAGCACAGCUUCUUCGAUUACAUCUAACUCAGCCUCAGUGAGUGCCACCCCGGCAGCCCCAGCUCUGAGCUUCAACUACCCAAAUAUGCCAGGCAAUGAAACCCAGUACUUGGCAAUUCUGCAGAAUAAUGCCUAUCCAUUUCCUAUUCCUGCACAUGUUGGAGCACAGCCUGCUUAUCAAGCUAAUCAUGCUCAGCCUAUACCUUUUAUUCAUGGAUCUUUCUAUUCUGCCCAAAUGCUUCGUCCUUCACAGCUUCAGCAACAGCAACAGCCACCCACACAGUUACAGCAAAGCCAACAAGGUCAUCAGAACACUAGCAUGUCCAGUGGUUCAUCAUCCUCCCAGAAGCAUUUGCAGAACCAGCAGAAGAGACCAAAUGGAAGUGGUGUGAGUAAUGGCAGUGGAAACUUGCAAGUUUUUCCGACCCCAAAAAAUCAGUCACCUCAUCCCCUACAGCUUCAGCAACAGCAGCAACAGCCAAGUAAGCAUGCUUCUCAUCAAGCUCGGCAACUUGAGGGUGAAUUAGGUAGCGAAGAUAUCCCAUCAAAGGCUGAUAGCCGACUAUCUCAGGCGAAUAUGAAUAUUUAUGGUCAGAAUUUUGCUAUGCCUUUACAUACUCCAAAUUUUGCUUUGAUGACUGCUCCUUCAAUGGGUGGUUCCAUGAGUUCCAGUGGUAACCAUGGGGAGAAGAAGCAAUCAACACAGCAGCCACAGCAGCCAGUCUCAAAGGCUGGAGUUGAUAUUCUCACAUCUCAAGCUUUUGCUAUGUCAUUUAAUGGUUCUACUGCUCCAGGCCUUGAUAUUUCCUCCUUUGCACAAAAUCAUGGCCUUCCGGAAAGUACAAGGCAAGGCUAUCAGCAGAUUAUGGCGGCUGCUACAGCUGCCCAAGCUGCACAACAGAAGAAGAAUAAUUAUCAUGCUUCCGAAGAUGGGAAACGCGGUACUAGGGAUGCAUCUAGUGUGGAAGAAGAAAGGAAGGCCAUGGCAGGAAAGAGUUCAGAAACUUUUGGGCAGUCCAUUGCCUUCUCUAGGCCGGAUCUGUCUGAUUCAUCUGUUUCCACUAAUCCAGGCAACAAUGUCAUUGAUAGUUCUGUCCGUACACUUAAUCUUGGCUCUGCACCUGCCAGAACUUCAGGUUCGGUUAUGCCAGCUUCAAUCAGUGGCAUCAAUGCUCCUAAUUCUCAGCUGCAACUUAAGCGGAAUCAACAACAGCAACAGCAGAUGCUUCAGCUUCAGAAGCCGCACCAAUUUGGGGCUGCUCCUGCUCCCCAAAGUAAGACACCAGCAAAAAGUAAUGGAAGUGCUUAUUCUGAUCACCUUCCUUCACCAUCUAUGCCUGCCAGGUUUCCAAAUGCCCUGUCUGCAUAUCCUCAAAAUCUAGUGCAAAGCAGUGGCAGUUCAGCUCAGUCUCCUCAAUGGAAGAAUUCUAUGAGGACAGCUAUCUCUCAAGUUCCUUCUGCAUCUCUAUCUUCAACUUCAUCAUCCCUCAAGAAUAUUCCCCCGCAACAAGGUCGGCCACAGCAAAGCCACACACACAUUUCUUUUGCUGCUAAUUCUAAAUCAACACAAGGCCAACAGCCUACUGGUAGUACUCCAUCCCCCUCUCAUCCUAUGAUGGUUGGCUCUCCCUCAACUUCAAUCUCCAGGAGUGCUGGUGGUAGCCCAAGGACAGCUAGUUCCACUUCUACUGGCAACAAAGGUGGCCAAGCAUCUAGUUUAUCGACUCAGCAGGCCAAGAACUCACCUUCAGUGCCUAGUCUGAAGUCAUCUCCUGUCGGUGGAAGGAGUGUGCCAUCAAUCCUGGGAAACCCUCACAUUAGUUCAUCUUCAAAUACUGUAACCAAGCCCCAAGUGGCGCAACAGCAGCAGCAUCAGCAUCAAAAGCAUGCAUUGCAUCAAACGCAGAUGUUAUUUUCUAAUGCUUUCAUGCAGGGCCAAGUUCAAAACUCAGCAAGUGCAACAGCUGCAAGUGGGUACUAUCUUCAAAAACACCGCAAUGAGCAACAGCACACACAGCCUCCAAGCUCAUCAACAACUUCAAUGUUGUCGAUGUGUUCUGCGGUUACUCUUGCCAACACUGGCACCACUGACCCUGCAAAGGCAGUAGUUGCUGCUGCUGCAGGCAAUAUGAAAGGAGGUGGCUUAGCGUCACAGGGACUUAUCCAUGCUGCACAAUUUGCUACUACUCAGUCCUCUGGAAAGCCGCAUCAGUAUGUGCCAGGCUUCCCAUUUGUUCAUGCUGUCCCUGCUGCUGUUCAGGUAAAACCAGCAGAUCAACCUGCUGGUGAGUAGAAUUAUGUUCCUUUUUGCUUCGUAUUGCAAACCCCAUAUAGUGAACAAGAAACAGAUUCAGCAACAAAAAGAGAUUUAGUUAGAUUGGGUACUGAAGAUUUAUGAAGGGGACACUGGUUUCUUGCCCAGAAAUGACAUUAUGCGCUCUGACACAGCCCAAACAAGACUUGACAAAAUGCAAAAGCGGAGGUGAUUGAAAGCUAUUACGUGGCAUAGAACUCACUCAACCCACAAUUUUGCAAAGAUUAAUGCAGUGGUGGGGAAAUUGUUCCUUGUAAAUUGUGCCUUGCAAUGUGUAUCCAACAUAUUUAUGUAAUCUUGUGUUUAUAACCUGAGAAGGUUGAUCCUGAAGUCUCUAAUUAAAUUUGAUUGGUUUGGUGGGCAGAAGAUGGAGUCAAAAAUGUUUUGUAGGGCAAAAGAAGAUGGUAGGGAUGAGGAAAAGAAAGGAAGAGCAACACCUACUUUUCCAUCUUUUGGGGCUGUAAUGGAGGUUCUUUUUCUUAUGAUUCUCUUCUUUUCUUUUAGGAUUUUGAAUUUUCCAAGAUAGAUGACUCAACAAAUCUUUUGACAUAAUAUUUAUGCAACUGAAAGGUGUAUAUGUAUUUGUCUAUCACAUAUAAGAGUAACCCUCUUAGAUUUUUUUAUAUAACUCUCCAUUUUGAUUAUGUGCCUCUUUGGGUAAUAUGCCUUACUUUUAACUAGUCUUUUACUACUUGAUUAAAUUAUUUUCUGUACAUUUUAUUUACUGGGCUCAAAGAAAAUUUCGUUUAGAAUUUUCUGCCGCAACAAGGAAUAUUCUGAGACAGAAGUUUGUUUU